UUCCUCUUGGUGCCGAUCGGCUUCGAGCCUCCGAACUCGCGACGAUACUAGCUAGCUACUAGCUCUCCCCCGUCCUCGCUUCCCUUCCCAACACCACCGCGGAGAAAGGCUUGGGCGCUUCCUCUCCUCCGGCCGAUGGAGAACGAGCCGCCGCCGGCGCCAGGCGGCGUCAGCCUCGACCUGCGCCUCGACGACCUCUCCCCCCGCCGCCGCCGCCCGCCGGGGGAGGCCUUCGCCUGCAACUACUGCCACCGCCGGUUCUACAGCUCGCAGGCGCUGGGCGGCCACCAGAACGCGCACAAGCUCGAGCGCACGCUCGCCAAGCGCAGCCGGGACAUCCUCGCCGCCCCCGCGCCGCCGCCGUCACCGCCCGCCGUCCUCCUCCCCGCGGCGCCGGAAGGCAGCAACAGGGACGGCUUCCUGCUGCCGGCGGCGUAUGGCGCCACGUGGUCCGCGGGCGCGGAGGACGCCACGGCUCUGCAGGCGGCGGCGGCGGCGACACCGAGCGUCGUGAUGGACAUGGCGGGCUGGGGGGCUGAGGCGGCCGACGGCGGCUGCGGACGCCUCGGCGUCGGCCUCGGCCACGGCCGGAACGGCGAGGAGAUCGACCUGUCGCUCAAGCUCUGAUCGAUCAGAAGAUAUUCAGAUCAGAUGCUUAGCUUGCUGAGUUUCUUCAUUAGUUGUUGCAUCUGUCCUGUCGUACGCCCAAUUUAUCUCUCUCUCUCUCUCCGGCCAAUUCGCUGCAAGUAGCCUUAGCUAAUUAAUUGCUUGCUGCAUGCCCCACUCUUUGAUCAGGUGCUCUAAGCUUUGACUAGCUAAUGAGCUAGCAUAUAUAGUCGCUACACAACUGCUGAAACAACUAAUGAACCUCAAUCUACAUAUAGCUAGGCCUCUCCAUAUAUAUGGUCUCAUUUAUAUUUUUAUAUUCUACCUAUAAGUAUCAUCUAUCAUGGACAUCAUGCUUAUAUAUUUCCUUCAUGCUCAAAAUUGUUUGCA